UGUUGCCGAGUGCCACAGUGCACCUGGAUGAGUGUCGGGUUAGCUACGAAGGUGAUGAGUCUCUGGUGCCUGGUGGUGGGGAUGGUGGUGGUGCUGACGGAGGCGACCACAGCGCCCCCUGGAGCCAACGGGCAGGCUGUAGAGUGGCUGGUGUAUACACUGUCAUCUGGCGGCGGCAAGGGCGAUAAGGUGACGCGAAUGGUACUUAGCCUGACGGAAGUGCUUGGGCCCGAAGCGGCGUCUGCCAGCCUGGCCAACUUCACCCUGUGCCUGUGGUUCAGAGUCUCCACCUUCCUGGAGUUCAGCACUGUGGUGAGCUAUGCCAUCUCCAACGAAUCUUCCGAUUCCAUCUUCAUAAGACUUGAACCUCACAGACUGAGGCUUAGAUAUUUGGAGCAGGAAUUAGCAGUUGCAGGGACACACUCCCUGAUACCUCUCUGGUGGCACUGGCUGUGCCUGGUUGUGGAACCUGGCGCUUGGCAAGUGUGGUUAAAUGGAGAGGGGGAGCGAAAAUCCGCUAUGAAUAGCCCCCUUCCUCUUAAUGGCUCGAUGGUGCUGGGACAAGAUCAGGAUAUACUCGACGGAGGAUACACCAAGGAACAGUCUUUUCUAGGCCAGCUGACGGGACUGAAUCUGUGGGACGCAGUGCUGACGCCGCAGGAACUCAGUGUAUGGGCCGCUUGCGGUGGGCUCCAAGUGGGGGCCUUGUUGCAGUGGAGCAGUCUCAAGUGGAAGGUUCACAACGAGACCGGCGAUGUAAUGCUGCGCAGAGAGAGACCUUGCGAGUCUUUGAAUCACAUUGAGGACAGCUUGUUUAUAUUUACCGAGAAGAUGACGUGGCCAGAUGCUCACAAAUUUCUGCUGACAGCAGGCCUGGAGAUGGCAGCCCCUCGGGAUGCGACAGAGGUAAAGGCGAUCACUAAACUCAUAGCGAUGAAUUAUGAUCAGUGUACUCUCGGCGUCAUAGUAGACCCCGGUACUUGGCUCGGCAUUGUGCUCAACACAACGACCGACAAGUUCGAGGAUAGCGCAGGUCAAGCGUUUUCGUUUAAUAACAAAACACUAAAAGUGAAAAGAAAAAGUAACAAAUUCCACAUGUCACUGUCAGUUCUCGGUGAAUGGAACUUAAUGAGCUUGAACGUAAGGAUGUGUUUUACAGGCAUUCAACGAGGACGAAGGCAGGUGUUUCGUUUACAUGGGCUCUGUGAUGAUGAUGAGGAGAAAGCAUCUUUUACAGAGAUAAGUAAAUCCUUUGUUUUAGCUGUGAGUCAAGAGAACGGCAUAUACUUCCAUGGCUAUCGUCAUCUGCACAUAUUAAGAGACGCCAACGGCUCCCGUUGGUGUCUUCGUGAGGGUCACUUCGACGAGGUGGCCUGCAUCACUUCCGAACUUCCUCCUCUUGGUCGCCACGAAUGGCUACUUCGGAAACGGGCCACUGACGCUUCCGAGGCCGAUGCUGCUAUUCGCAUUGACCUCGCCUUAAGCAGAUGCACAGACAACCAGUAUACGUGUCCUGAUGCUACCUGCGUAAAUCUGGCAAAGAUGUGCGACUCUGAGUUUGAUUGUAGCGACAGAUCAGACGAAGUUGGGUGCACAACAGCAUUGCUGCCCAACUCCUACCUGUUGUUGCCGCCCUCUAUACCUCUACCAAUCUGGGCCGAGAUCAGCGUGUGGAGAAUGACUACCUUUGACCUCAAAAGCAUGACUUUUCACAUCAGCCUGGACGUGAAGCUGUGGUGGUAUGAUCCUUCGGUGACUUUUGCGCAUUUGAACUCGUAUCAGACCAAAGAAGUUAUAACUGAGAAAGGAAAAGAGAUGUGGCAGCCGGUGUUUGGCAUUAGCAACAGCCCAGACAAUGCCAACACUGAUUCUUCGCUGGAAGUAGAGAGAAGGGGUCCUGGAAAACCAACAUCUAAUGGCUACAAGUACCCAGGCUCGGAGAAUCCUGUGGUGAUGACCACGACGGUGAAGUCAACAGUUCACUGUGACUUCCAGCUAAAAUGGUAUCCCUUUGAUGAACAAACGUGCUCCGUCCUCUUCACGGUGACGAACGUUCGGAGCGAGGGCCUGAGGGUGAACAGGUCGUCAGCAGUCAGGGAGUGCCCAAAGACGCUGGAGGAGUACCUAGUAAAUGGGUGUACUUUGGAGGAGGAGCUUCACCCCACCGGUAACAUCACCCUCGUCCUCCGCCUCUCCCGGCGCUACGAGUACCACUUGUGGACGACCUUCCUACCAACAUCUCUCCUCCUCCUCCUUGGGUACGACUAUGGCAACUCUCCAUCAAAAUAA